GUGCUCGAUUUUUUAACGCUAAAUCACUGCUUGUGAGAACGAAAGUAAAACUUGCCAAAAAAGAGUCAAGAAAGGGAAAGACCUUGCCGAGCGUUUAUUAAAAUAGAAAAUAAACUUGAACUAUACGUGCUGAAGAAAUUAAUGACAUAUAUGUACAUAUGUAUGUAUGUAUGCUUAUAGUAAUUUCAGCAGAUCGAUCGUAUUACCCAAAACUAACAAAAAUGGAUACAUGGCUACGUCCCUCUUUCGCUGAUUUGCCAGAGAACAAGAAGUUCUCAGACUGCCGCAUUCUCGUGGAAAACGAAACCUUCGAUUGCCACAAGGUCAUCCUGGCCAGCUCGUCCGACUUUUUCGAGCGCCUGUUCCUUAGCUCCUUCAAGGAGGCCAAGCAGGAUGAAAUCCGUCUGCAGGAGGUUAAGCCGAAAACCUUCGCCGUGUUCAUUCAAUAUGUGUACACGUAUGACUGGGCUAAGCUCAAGGAGUACGGGAACUCCAUGAUAAUGGAGCUCCUUAGCUGCGGAACCAGGUGGAUGGUAGAUUCUAUCGUUAACGCAUGCGUGACUAUUCUCAAGGAAAGGGUAGGAACUAUGCUGCUCAGCGAUCUUCUCGAGCUUUUCCAGACCGCUUGUAGCAUCGACAACAAGGAACUGAGAACACUUUCUGUCGCGUCUUUAAGAAACCGAUUUUCUGAGGAAAUGAAUUGCUAUGAUGUCCUGACCAUGACCUCCGAUGUCUUUGAGCAGUACACAAUUAUUACCGAGGGACACUUGCCCGAGAUCGAACGAUUCAAAAUGAUCGAGACUUACUGUACUGUUAAUGGUUUGAUCUAUUAUAAAUCAGCCGAUACUGUGGAUACCUCCACUAAAAAAAGUGGUGACAGUGGUAUUUGUGAGAUGAUUGCCGCGAAACCAUCGAUCGACGACGAAGAGCCAGAGAAUUCCGAUGAAAAUGAUGAAUUUGAUGAUAAGGUAUUAUCUGAGAAAUCAGAGGACGAUGAAGAAUAUAAGGAUAAGCCAAAGAAUACAAAAAUUAAAAUGAUGCACUCGAAAUAUGUAAAAACGCUGCUGGGCUACAUAAAAUUCAAUAAUAUGCGGAAGGAUGAAUUUUACAAAAUCGUUGGCAAGUCUCCUUUGUUGUCCCUAAAGGAGAAAUACAAUUAUCUAUACCUAACACGUAACUGAUGACGGACGGUUCAUGUUGAUGUUCAUUAAAAAUGAAGUUAAACAUAAAUGUCUUCUAUCAGCAGCGAAAAUUAAAUAAAACCUUGAACUAAAA